GCUGCCUGUAGACAACAUUCAGCCCUCCAAGUCCAUCUCUGUCGCAUUCUGCACCUUCUGCAUCGAAGUCUCACCUUUCUCCUCUUCGGGGAACUUUCACGCUCAUGGAGGCCUACACCACCUAUGGACUUUGGCUGUUAUUAACAUGUGGAGGGCUGCUGUCUGCGUAUAACUUGGACACAGAAAACGUCUUGAGGAGAGACGGGGACCCAGGCAGCCUGUUCGGCUUCUCAAUCGUCAUGCACCGGCAACUUUAUCCGGAGGAUAAGAGAAUACUAUUGGCUGGAGCCCCACAAGCCAAAGCAUUGCAUGGUCAAAAAUCUAAGGUGACUGGAGGAAUCUACAAAUGUGACAUGAGCUCCUACUCUGACACAUGUACAAGAGUCGUCUUUGAUAAUAAUGAGGACUCAGGACAGGAAAACAAGGAAAAUCAGUGGAUGGGGGUGACGGUCAGCAGUCAGGGACCAGGAGGCAAAGUUUUAACCUGUGCCCAUCGCUACAAGCGGCAGAAAAACGUCAACUCUUCUCUUGAAUCCCGUGACAUCAUUGGCCGUUGCUAUGUGCUGAGUCAGGACCUAACUAUAGAUCCCACAUCGAGUGAAGAUGGAGGAAGCUGGCAUUUCUGUGACAACCGGAACAGAGGCCAUGAGAGGUUUGGUUCCUGCCAGCAGGGCCUCUCUGCUACAUUCGAUAAGGACUUCCACUACUUCAUCUUUGGAGCUCCAGGAGCUUACAACUGGAAAGGUGUGGUACGCUUGGAACAAAAGAACGACACCUUUAUAGAUAUGGGUAUCUAUGAUGAUGGACCAUUCGAGGCAGGAGAUGAGACUGACAAGGACCCUGACCAGGUCCCUGCUCCUGCCAACAGCUACAUGGGUUUCUCCCUGGACUCUGGGAAAUCUUUGACCAACAAGGGUCAGCUAACAGUAGUGGCAGGAGCUCCCAGAGCUUAUUACAGUGGAGCGGUGGUUCUGCUAAAGAAAGGUGGGGAAUUCAGCAGGAUCCUGCUUGAGGAAUACACCCUUAAAGGAGAAGGCCUGGCCUCAUCUUUUGGAUACGAUCUGACUGUGCUGGAUCUCAAUGGGGAUGGCUGGGAGGAUAUAGUAGUUGGAGCCCCUCAGUACUUUGAGAAGGAUUCAGAAAUUGGAGGAGCUGUCUACAUUUACAUCAAUAAGGCUGGAAAGUGGAACAAAGUCAAACCAACCAGAAUAGAUGGAGCUGCUGAUUCUAUGUUUGGCCUAGCUGUGGAAAGCCUGGGAGAUAUAAAUCAGGAUGGUUACCAUGAUUUUGCAGUAGGAGCUCCUCAUGAAGACAGUGGUGCAGGCAAAGUUCACAUUUACCAUGGAUCAGCCUCAGGACAAUUCUCAGAAAAAGCCUCACAGGUCUUGUCUAGCAAAUCUUCGGGAGUUAGCCUGUUUGGCUACUCUUUGGCAGGCAACAUGGACCUGGACAGGAACUCCUAUCCAGACAUGGCUGUUGGAUCCCUCUCAGACUCUGUCUUUGUCUAUAGAGCCCGACCAGUUGUUAACAUCCAGAAGAAAAUCACUUUUUCACCAAGUAAAAUCGACCUCAGCCAGAAGAACUGUGGCAACACUUUCUGCUUGAAAGUUAAGACGUGUUUCAGCUACACUGCUAACCCAAUCAACUAUGCUCCAAGACUAAAGGUGGCCUACUCUCUGGAGGUAGAUGCUGACCGCAGGAAAAACAAUCUUGUACCGAGGGCAAUUUUCACAGAACCUUCAGGCUCUGAUAAUAACUCUAAAUCCAAAGGGACCAUUACCAUAGACACAAAAGGAAAGGAACAGUGUGUUAUACGUCAACUUGCUGUACAGGAAAAUAUUAAAGACAAGCUACGGGCGAUCCCUGUUGAUGUUUCUGUGAAUAUUCAAGAUGCUAACCGUAAACGUAGACAGGCCCAAACUUCGCAGCUUUCACCUGUCCUCGAUCCCAAUGAUGCAGAGAUAACUAGAAAAAAGGUGGACUUUUUUAAAGAGGGAUGUGGCAAUGAUGAUGUGUGUCAAAGCAACCUGUUGGUGCAAUAUCGCUAUGGCUACAGAACAACUGAUGAAGAUACGUUCACUCCUUUGAAGAUAGAGAAUGACGUGCCGGUGAUCUCACUAAGCAGCCAAAAAGACAUUGCCUUGGAGGUGACGGUGACCAAUCUAAAUGGAGAUGACGCAUAUGAAGCUUCUGUAAUUGCUAACUUCCCCAGUUCAUUGACCUAUUCUGCUUACCGUGUCUCACCAGAGGAGCUACAAGUCACCUGCGUAGCAAAUCAAAAUGGAUCUAUGGCUGACUGUGAGCUUGGGAACCCAUUCAAACACAACUCAGUGACCGUCUUCUACCUUAUUUUGGGUACAGCUGGCAUAUCUUUCAACACCACUGAACUGGAGGUUGAACUUAAAUUACAAACGACGAGUAACCAGCAGAAUCUUAUGCCUGUAAAGGCAAAAGCAAAGGUGGCCAUAGUGUUGCAGCUGUCCUUAUCUGGACAAGUCCAACCGUCUCAGGUUUACUUUUCUGGGGAUGUCAAAGGUGAGACAGCCAUGAAGACUGAAAGCGACAUUGGCAGCGCCAUCACCCAUCAGUUCAGGAUAAUCAACUUGAGAAAGAGAUUGACAGACCUUGGAACUGCCACCCUUCAAAUAGAGUGGCCAAAGUUUACAAAGGAUGGAAAGUGGCUGCUCUACCUGAUGAAGAUCAGCUCCACAGGAGUGGAGCAAAUAGAUUGUACGCCCAACGAAGAGAACCUUCUAAACCUGGAUCCAAUUAACACCAGAAUGAGAAGAGCAGUAGGUAGCACCCAGGGAGGAAUUGAUUACACUUUUUCACGCCUAGUUGAGAAAAAGGAAUUUGAAACUUUGUCAUGUGACAAUAAAGCAACAUGUGUGACAAUAAAGUGCCCCCUGCGCGGCCUGGACAGUAACGCAGUUAUCACUCUGUACUCCCGACUGUGGAAUAGCACCUUCAUAGAGGAUUACCCCAAGUUACAUCAUGUGGAGGUGAUGGUGAAGGCUUUUCUGCAUGUUGAUAGUGCCACGAUGCACACAGAGUUGAAGAAUGCCGAGACUCAGGUCAGACUGACAGUGUUUCCAGAGAGGCGUGCUGCUCAGUAUGGAGGAGUGCCUUGGUGGAUCAUCGUGCUGUCCAUCUUGCUCGGCCUGUUGUUGUUGGGGCUGCUGGCUUUUCUUCUUUGGAAGUGUGGCUUUUUUAAUCGGGCCAAAUAUGAAGACAAGGUUCCCAGUUACAGUGCUGUUCGGAUCAGACGGGAAGAGAGACUGGUUAAUUCUACAAAGGCCAAUUGGGGCAACCUGGAAAAGAAGCCAUGGAUGUCAACUUGGCAUGACAAGGACCACUAUUCUUAACAGCAAAGAAAUCUAUUGCUUAUUGAUAGAUCAUCAGAAUCUCAAAUUCUGGCUGCCUUGCCUUUGCACAUUGAGGACUGAUACUAUUGAGAUACAAACUAAAUAAGUCUGAAGGACUAAAUACUGGAUCAAACACUGUUGUUAAGGGACCGCAAUGAGCAUUUUGAGCCUAUUUGGUACAUUCAGUGUUGACUGGAGACUUGGUAGUUAGAAACUGUAUCAUAAUUAUUUGUACAAUUAUUGACUUGAACUGUUUGUAUUUAUUCUUGCAUGGAACAUUUUGCUUUUGUUUAUCAAGGUGGAAGAGUUUUGCAACUUACACAAAACAUAACAUAGAAAUCCAUUUUCCAUUCUAAAAAGUCUGUCCUAGCCAUUGACCUGUUUCCUCUGUCUCAGAUUGUACGUAUUCUGUAUCUUAUGUGCAAACUGAGAACCUUUACCAGGCCACAACAAAAGUCAUUGUGCCACACUCAGCUACAAAAUAAUGUGACGGGGAAUAAAAUGCUUUCUUAAUAAAUAUUUUUAACCAUC